UUGAAAUAUUGUAUUAUCUGAUUAUUGUUGUUCUAUUAUUAAAACAGUUCCUGAUUGAGCCCGCGGUACAAUCCGCUGUUUUCAAGAUGGCGUCCGUUCAUGCCGCCAAACGGAGAGCGGGGCACUUGAAAAUGGCCGCUAAAGUAGUGCAAACGGCUCUGAUUUGCUCCUUUCCAGACAACGUGAUGCUAAACAUCUUUAGGUAUCUGGAUAUCAAGGCGUUGUGUGCUGCCUCCAAGGUUUGCCGUCGUUGGUAUCAUUUAGGCAAGGACCGCUCCCUGUGGAAAGCAGUUGAUUUGCGUCCAUGGCCUCUCGCUCUUCGGAUUCUAUGGAAAGUUGUUCGAAAUCGUUUAUGUGAGACGGUUACGGAGCUACAGAUAAAAGGAUUCUUAGGGACAACUAAAAAACACGAGAAUAUAUCAUUCUCUUUGCUAGAAGAAAUAAAAACAAAAUGUCCAAAUCUUGAGAAACUGACCCUGUGUUACUGUGACAUGCGAAACGUGGAUGCAAGAUGUCUUCCUGGUACGUUAAAAUCACUGGACUUGGAUCAUUCUAUUGUACCCCUUGGUUGGUUUGACAGUCUUGACGUGGAUUUGUUUUUUGCUAAUUUAUUGGAGCUUAAUUUGACAUAUUGUACAAGAGUUUCUGAUCAGGACUUGGCCAGCAUUGCAAAGUUAACACAAUUGAAGUGCUUGAAUCUUAGUAAUUGUUACCGUGUUGGGGAUAACGGAAUACAACAAAUCGCAACUAAUCUGACAAAUCUACUACACCUUGAUCUCUCUAAUUGCACAGACAUAACAGAUCUUGGAUUACAUCACAUUGGGCGCCAUUUGGUCCGCCUAAAAUAUUUGUAUCUAACUUGCUGUAGACGUAUUACAGAUACAGGCAUUGAAGCUUUAGUACACAGUAUGGCAGAACUCCAAGGACUAAGUCUAGCCAAGUGCAGAGAGCUAACUAGUACUGGAAUUGUUACAAUUGCUGAGAAUUGUAAACAGUUAAAGCACUUGGACAUCACAGACUGCACCUUGGUAAACACACAGGGCCUGGACACAAUAAGAACCACUUUGCCAAAUUGUGAGAUCCAAGGACCAUAGAUUAUUACGUUUUAACUCUUCACUGUAGGUUUUAUUCCAAAUCUCAGAUUUGGCAGUAUUGAUACAGUGCCACUAAUAUGAUAUAUUUUGAACAUAUAUUAUAAAGUUAAACAAUUUAUUAUUCUUAGGAUCUUGAGGGAAUUAGGUUGGACCACUUAAGAAAUCGUUUUGAAAAACACCAAUCAAUUUUAUAAUGUAGUUCAAUUAUGUAUUUUACACCAUGAUAUGGAGAAAAUAAAGUAUAAACGAAAUAGCAA